UACAAAGAAUCUGGUUGUCAGCAUGGAGGAUCUAAAUGAUUCAUGUUUAGAAGAAAUUCCUGGAGUUAAAGAAGCACUGAAGAACAACGACACUGCUGGAGCAGCAAAAAUUAUUAGUAAAUAUUUAGAAAAGCAAAAUAAUGUCCCAUUAAACAUUGCCAUCACAGGAGAAAGCGGUGCCGGUAAAUCCACCUUUAUUAAUGCCUUCAGGGGGAUAAAGAACAAAGAUGAGGGAGCUGCACCGACUGGUGUCACAGAAACCACCUCAGAGGUUACACCAUACCAACAUCCAGACAAUCCCAGUGUCACUCUAUGGGACCUUCCUGGAAUCGGCACUAAGGAUUUUCCAGCUAAGAAGUACUUGAAGCUUGUUGGAUUUGAGAAGUUUGACUUCUUCAUCAUCAUCUCAGACACUCGCUUCAGAGAAAAUGAUGUGACACUCGCUCAGAAGAUUCGGAAGAUGAACAAAAAGUUCUACUUCAUUCGCUCAAAGAUUGAUAAUGAUAUACGAGCCGAGGAAAGUAAUACAGACUCCAGUAAAGAGAAAACUCUGACAAAAAUCAGAGAUGACUGUGUUCUACGACUCAGAGAAUUAGGCAUCGAGUCUCCAAAGGUGUUCCUGAUGUCCAGCUUUGACCUCCACCUGUACGAUUUCUCUGUGUUACAAGAGACCUUAGAGAGAGAACUUCCUAAAGAUAAGAGGGACACUCUGCUGUUUGUCAUGCCCAACAUCAGCCCAGAGAUCGUCAACAAGAAGAAAAAAGCUUUCAAGGUACAGUUAUAUCUCUUGGCCACUCUGUCUGCAGCUGUAGCAGCUGUUCCAGUUCCCGGGCUUUCUGUAGCUGUUGAUGUUGCUGUGCUGAUUGGUGCUGUCACGCAUUUUGUUCAUGCAUUUGGUCUCGAUAUCCCAUCUCUGAGGAGACUUUCUGCCAGAACAGGUGUGCCAUACACUCAUCUGCGUGCUGUCAUCAUUUCCCCAGUGGCUGCGGCACAAAUAACUAAAGAGCUCUUCCUGAAAGUGUUCGCCCAACUUGGAGGAGUAGCUGCAUUAAUUGGAGCAGAGGAAGUAUCCAGAUUCAUUCCAAUAGCUGGAAUCCCAGUAUCAAUGAGCCUCUCUUUUGCAACAACCUACAGAGUUCUGAAUUUUAUCCUCAACCAGCUCGCUGAAGACGCCCAGAAGGUGUUAAAAAAGGCUCUGGUCUGAACAUCUCAGUGUGAUUUGAAAAACAACAGCUUAGUGGAACUAUUAUACUGCAGUGUACAAAUGAAAUUCACAAAGUAUAUACCAAAUCAUCAUCAUCCAGUAUCCUUGUCCAGCUGAUCAGAGUAUCAGAGGCCUCAACAGGUCUCAUUUCCUCUGAUAAACAGCAGAGGAACUUCUUCCAGCUUCACACACUGAAACUUUCCUCUUCAUCACUACAGGAACAAAUGUGAUCUUAUUAUUCAGAUAGAAACUGUGUGCAAUGUAGACGAGCUGCUGAAUGGUUGUUAUGAGGGUUUUUCUUUGUGUGACUGUUAAUAUCAGCACUUUGUAUAAAUAAGGUGACAUGAUGGCACCUCCUCCCUGUGCCUGGUUCUGCUGGAGGUUUCUUCCUGUUAAAAGGAAUUUUUCCUUCCCACUGUUGCCAAGUGC